GCCCACCGGUUUGUUUCCUGCUCGUCACUCUGUUGUUGUGUCUGAGCUACAGCGCUUCUUUUUCAACUUCAGCCACCACAUCAUGGAGUCCUAAAAAAACCGCUUUCCCCUGUGAAAUGCGGAGGGACGAGUGACAAACCGGACAGCGAAGGGCCACCUCUGUCGGGAGGGAGAGUGGGGGAAAAUGCAGGACACAACCGGCAAAGCAGCCUCCGGGAACCCGGCUGGAGACAGCGGCGCAACCGCAGAGCAGAAUAAAGUAAAUAUGAAUGGAAAUACAGUCACACAAAAUGGUUUCAACCCGCCAAGUACACCUACACCACAGCCACAGUCUGAAUGCCAACUACCUACUCCAACACCGAUUGUCCAGAGGGAGCAGUGGGGUGGAAAGUAUGAGUUCCUGCUCUCCUGCAUUGGAUACUGCGUGGGACUGGGAAACGUGUGGAGGUUCCCCUACCUUUGUUACCGCAAUGGGGGAGGUGUCUUUCUCAUCCCCUAUUUCAUCAUGCUUAUUGUUACGGGCGUUCCGCUCUUCCUCAUGGAGCUGAGUUUAGGCCAGUAUGGAGCAGCUGGCCCGAUCACUGUGUGGAAAUGCUGCCCUCUGCUCAAAGGGAUUGGGAUUGGGAUGCUGUGUGUGUCCACACUGGUGUGUCUCUACUAUAACGUUAUUAUAGCGUGGACAUUUUACUACCUGGGAAGCUCAUUCCAGAGCCCUCUGCCCUGGUCCUGUGAGGCCCUCGCCAAUGCAGCUAUCUGUAGCGGUAACAUCACUGCCAACGACUCCACUGGUAAAGUCCUCACCCCGACAGAAAUUUUCUGGAAUAAGCAAGUCCUGGGUGUAGUACACAGUGAGGGCCUUCACGAUCCAGGCCCUGUGCGGUGGCCCCUGGCCCUGUGUCUACUGGCAGCGUGGAUCAUCAUCUUCCUGUGCAUGCUCAAGGGCAUCCGCAGUUCUGGCAAGGUGGUUUAUGUGACGGCUACCUUCCCAUACUUUGUGCUCAUUGUUUUGAUCAUCAGAGGGGCCACACUGGAGGGCUCUCUCCAGGGCGUCGCCUUCUACCUCACACCAGACUGGAGCCGCUUGGCUAACGCACAGGUUUGGAAUGACGCAGCCUCACAGAUCUUCUACUCAUUAGGUAUUGGCGUCGGGGGGCUGCUCUCUAUGGCCUCUUACAAUAAGUUUGACAACAAUGUCAUCCGGGACACUAUAGUUAUCACCACAGGAAACUGUUGCACCAGCUUCUUUGCUGGAUUUGCUAUAUUCUCAAUCCUGGGUCACAUGGCAUACAGGAAGGGCGUUCCUGUGGGAGAAGUGGCAGAUACUGGUCCUGGAUUAGCCUUUGUUGCUUACCCAGAAGCCCUUGCACUGCUGCCAGGCUCGGUGUUCUGGUCAAUUAUGUUCUUCCUCAUGCUCUUUAUGCUGGGAGUUGAUACCCUGUUUGGAAACAUGGAGGGCAUCACUACGGCCGUGCUGGAUGAGUUUCCUCACCUCCGAGGAAACCCACUGCAAAAGUCCUUAUUCUUGGGUGCUUUGUGUUUUUUCUUUUACCUGAUGGGCCUUCUGUUAGUCACUGAUGGAGGAAUUUACUGGUUCACUCUCAUUGACUCCUUCAGCACUAGUUUCGGCCUCAUCAUCAUCACUCUCUUCAUGUGCAUUGGCAUCUCCUUCUUCUAUGGCGUCAACCAGUUUUGUCAAGACAUUUUGGAUAUGAUCCGCCACUGCCCUCCCUGGUGUGGCAAAGUGCUGAUUUACUUCAAAGCAUGCUGGGUUUUCUGCACUCCGUUUCUUCUACUGCUUGAACUUUGCAUCCAGCGGUUCAUCCUGACAUACAUCUUCAUUGAGAUGUACAGAACGUCACUCCGCUACGGCGACUAUGUGUAUCCACUGUGGGGUAAAGCCUUAGGUGUGUGCAUGGGGGCCACCUGCUGUUUACAGAUCCUCAUCUGGGCUAUCGUCGCCAUCAGCAAAGAAACUGGAACACUGAAAGAACGUUUCCAGAAAUCAAUCCGACCACUAAAUUCCUGGAGGCAAAAUAACCUGAACAGCACCGUGAGAGCAGAGGAGCAUGUAGAGCCUGAGCAAGUGGAUGCCCCAUACACAGUCACACUCACCGACAUGGACAUUACUGCGAUGACGUGGGACAUGGGAAGCCAGGCAUAAGGGAACAGAGCAUUUGUGAAUACACCAUGACGAGCAGACUUUGCUCUAAACAGACAGAGCAAUUUACUAUUUUGUUACUGGCUGAGGUUCAGCUCUGGAGGCUAUGCUCGCUCACACUGUGUCCUGUGUCAGGGCAGUAUGGAUUACCUGCUAUAUUUAUACUAUUAUGUACAUAAAUAUAGAUUUUUGAAAUCCUUUUUCAUUGCUUGGAAUGUAAGGCUACGAGGUUUUAGAGGAAGCUUGGAUUAUCAUAUAUAUGCAGGAUUUCAUGAGAAUGCGUCAAUGAAGAUUAUGUUGCAAUGUUUAUGCUGAACUUAUUUAUUAUUAUAGUAGCACAGUGUAAUGAACUUCUACUGACAGUUGCCAGCAGCUGCUGUCCAAGGAGGAAAAGAACUUUGUGACUGUUACCCUUCAUGCCACUGAUGGAACCAGAGAAGUGACCACAAAUCAUCAUGCUUUCAGACUAAAUGGCAUUGAAACAUAGCUGCACUGAAGCAAGAAUAUUUUAAAUUCCAUUUUAAAAUGAAUGAUUGCAAAAAUGAUUGGUAGAAUAAAUACAUUAUUUAUACAAUAUGUUGCCAAAUGAACUAUUUCUCAUGGGAUUGUCUGUAUUUCAAUGCAAGAAGACUCCUGACUCUGACUAUUUGCAUUUCAAAUAACCAGUUCCCGCAGUUCCGCAGAAAAUGUAGUGUUUGCGUCAUGUCUAGUGAAAACUUGUCUUUGCACAUCUAAAUACAACCGAGUAACAACUAAAUAUAUAAAUAAAACUUUUAUUGUUAGUUGUGUUUUUAGUUUUUUUAAAUAGAAAGCUAAUUAAGUAAUUUGAGUUAAAUGUAUUCUGGACAUGCUUAUUGUUGGGGUUUUAAAUUUGCCCCCAUUUGCCACAACUUUCUGUGUGUUCUAAAGUUGAUGACAGUAACAUCAGAACGUACAGGGUAGAAAUUACAGACCCUUUAGUGUUCAUCUGUUUAAGAGGGCUCACAGAACCUGUCUUCUCAGAUUAAGCAUUUAAAGCCUGAACCAUGAAAUAAUUGCCAAGAAAUUAAAUUUUUUGGAAAAUGUUCAAUUGCUUAUUUAAGUUUCUGAAGUUGAAAAC